UUACUGGUUCAUCGUCACCAACCUCACUAGCUAUUCCUUGCUGUUACAAUGUGAGCAAGGGAGGCUUACAGCGAUUUCUCUCACCUCACCAAAACGACUUUAAAAACAAAACCAUUUUAUUUUUAGCUUUCCAUUCCCUUUUUCUAUAAAAUAACCAUCUCCCUUUUCCAUCAAAACCCUCGUUUUUUCUCCCCCAAAACCCCCUAAUUUUCCCGAGAAAAUAAUCGAUUUCUCGGAGAAAAUCCCCCCCCCCUCCAUCUUGUUGCCCGCCCGUCCCGACCCGUCAUUUCUCAAUCCGAAAACGAGAAGAGAAUUCCGGAGUCGUUGAUUCUUGAGAUUCUAUGGUUUUUGCUCUUUUGGGUCUUGUUAUUUGCUUCAAUUUGUGUUGUUAUUGCCCGAAGAAAAUGUCUAGUUUUCCGAAUAGAGAUUCGAUUCACAUUAGGGAAGUUUGGAGCGAUAAUCUUGAGGAGGAGUUUAAAUUGAUUCGCAAAGUUGUAGAGGAAUACCGAUAUGUAGCAAUGGACACAGAGUUUCCCGGUAUUGUUUUGAGGCCUGUAGGGACUUUCAAGGACAGUUAUGAUUAUCACUAUCAAACCCUUAAGGCCAAUGUGGACCUCUUGAAGUUGAUACAGUUGGGUCUCACAUUUUCUGAUGAGAAAGGGAACCUUCCGACCUGUGGAACCGACAAGCACUGUGUGUGGCAAUUCAAUUUCCGCGACUUCAACCCCAACGAGGAUGUGUAUGCUAGUGACUCGAUAGAGUUACUGUCCCAGAGCGGUAUGGAUUUUGUGAAGAACAAUGAGAAGGGUGUUGAUGCUAGUAAGUUCACCGAGCUACUAAUGACAUCCGGAGUUGUGCUGUCUGAUAAUGUGGUUUGGGUGACAUUCCAUAGUGGGUAUGAUUUUGGGUACUUGCUCAAGCUGCUUACAGGCCAAAGCCUCCCGAACACGCAGGCGGGGUUCUUUAAAAUGAUCAAGAUGUAUUUUCCUACAGUUUAUGAUAUCAAGCAUCUGAUGAGGUUCUGCAACAGCCUUCAUGGUGGGUUGAACAAACUCGCGGAGCUGUUAGAUGUUGAGAGAAUUGGCAUCUCCCACCAAGCUGGUUCGGAUAGUUUGCUAACAUGCAGUACGUUCAUGAAACUGAAAGAGACCUACUUUGAUGGGUCUCCUGACAAAUAUGCUGGUGUUUUAUAUGGUCUUGGUGUUGAGAAUGGACCUAGUUCUCCUUGAAAAGAAAAAGUAAUAUCAAUAAAAAUAAAAAAGAUUUGGUAGACUA